AUGGAUUACGAAUUAACGGAGGAAGAUCUUGUUGAUGCGGCUGCUCUCGCGGCACUUGAAGAUUGGGUAGAUCAGCACGAAGCCUUAUCGCAGCAAGACCUCCAAGAUGCUGCCGAGUUGGCAGAAUUGGAGGACUGGGUUCAUGAAGAUCCCCAAGCUGGGGGUGGCGUCCCUGAAGAUUUUAAUGUUGUCGAUCAUGUUACGGUGGAACGGAAUGGGUACCGGUUUUCGAAGACGUACAAUAUGCAUUUCAAACGCUUUGACGUGCAUGUAUUUGAUUUGGAUGCUGUGAAAUUUUGUGACGCACCGGCAGUAAUAGUGGGUAUCUUGGACCACGUUUUGGAUGCUGUGCUAGCGGGUGUGGCCGCUCAUCAGUACGUCCGAGUGUCUGUGGAAUCAUCGUAUUUGUCGUUCCCUAUUUGGACUCCACCAACUUUACGAUCACAGCUGACAGUUGUUCAGAAUGAUGAAGGCGAAGAGUGGAUAUUUCCGAAUGACGGCGAACCGCUUUGCGACAUUACAGAUCCUCUUUGUCGAUUCCUCUUUAGUGAAGACCAUCGCGAUCACAUUAUAAUCGCCCACAAUUUCAAGGCCUUUGACGGUUAUUUUAUACUGAACUGGCUUCUCAGCAACGGUAUUACUCCUAAAGUUAUUUUAAACGGCGGUAAGAUCAUGCAGCUGGAUGUUCUCCAACUCAACAUUCGAUUCCGCGACAGCAUCAAUUACAAUCCUCAAAGUUUGUCCAAAUGGCCGGCUACCUUUGGUAUCAAGGACACGUCAAAGGGCACCUUUCCGCACCGAUUUAAUCGACCGGAAAACUGGGACCAGGUUACCGAAUUCCCUACCAAGGAGCAGUACGGGUCCAAGUUUAUGAACAAGAAAGACCGUGAAACGUUUGAGCAAUGGUACAAUAUGGAGGUCGCCACCAAGAACAACACGUUCGACUUUCGUAAAGAAUUUGUGGAUUAUUGUCGGAACGAUGUCACCGCGAACCAGAUUGGACUGAUUCCACCGCAAGGAUACAACGUGAACCGCAACCAGUCGGUUAAAGCGCUAAAGUGGAUGCAGUGGAUGGAACUGGAAGAGAACUGCACAAUUCAGACGCGAGCAAGUGGGAACGAGUUUAAAGUUGGACCUUAUUUUGUGGAUGGGUACUCUGCAGCAACAGGCAAGGUUUUUGAGUUCCACGGCUGCUGGUACCACGGAUGUCCUGAAUGCACAACGCCGGAUACCGUCCACCCGUUCAGAAACUUACCAAUGAGCAAAAUUUACGAAGAAACCCUGCAACGCGACACGUACAUCCGGGACAUGGGACACGAACUGUUUGUCAUCUGGGAGCACGAGUUCGACGACCAGGUAAAGCAGGUACCAGAUUUCGCGGAUUUUGUUGACGAAAUCACCGUCACCCAACCGAUAAACCCUCGUGAUGCAUUCUUCGGCGGACGAACAAAUGCCACAAAGUUGUAUCACAGCGUUAGCAAUGAAGAGAAGAUCCGGUAUUUUGAUGUCUGCAGCGAGUAUCCGUUUGUCAACAAGAACAAGAAAUAUCCGAUCGGACACCCCAUCAUUAUCGUUAAAGACUUUGGGGAAAUCGCGCACUACUUUGGCAUCGUGCACUGCAAAAUCUUACCGCCUCCGGAUCUUUACCUGCCGAUUCUGCCAUACCGCUCCAACGGUAAGCUGGUAUUUCCUCUGUGCCACACAUGCGCUGCGAAACAACUUAACGCCCCUUGUGCACAUUCCGACGAAGAAAGAACGCUUACUGGAACAUGGUGCACGCCAGAGCUGCACGCUGCAAUCGAGCGCGGUUAUGUCAUCACAAAGAUGUUGGAAGUGUGGCACUUUGAGCAGUCGGAAGAAAGGUUGUUUGCGGACUACAUUGAUCGGUUCCUCAAGAUAAAAACGGAAGCAAGUGGCUGGCCAGCGGAUAUGACAACCGACGACCAGAAAGAUCAAUUUCUACGAGAUUUUAAAGAUCAUGAAGGCAUUCAGUUGGACCGCGAAAAGAUUGAGAACAACCCUGGCAUGAGGGCGCUUGCCAAGUUGUGUUUGAAUAGGUAA